AUGAUGGAGACGAUCGUUGCAGUGCACCACCGUUGCGUGCUCUUGCCCGCCAUGCGCACGCACUGGAGGCGCUGGCGUCGCUUCGCGAUCGCCGCCAAGCACCAAGCCAUCUACGACCAUCGCAUUCGAACGAGGUGCGAGUGUACCAGCCGCCAUGCUGCGGGCAACCGUCGCGUAGGCGGGACCUGGGGCUCGCGCUUGCUCGGCACCACGCCCGAGCUCGCACACGCACGGUACACCUCGACGGCACCGCCGUCUCAAACUGUCCCGCAGGCGUGGCGGCAGUGGGCACGACUCGUGUAUCAAGGCGUCCUGGAGGAGCAAGUUGCGGCACUGGCGUGGGUCGUCCAGCAUCGACGGGCCGUGACGUGCCAAGCGGUCGUCGCGCUACUUCGGCGUCUCGUCGACAAGGCCCGCACCCGGCGACAGCACGAGGCAGCUGCGAUCGCGCAGUACGUUGGGAUGCUCUGUGCCGCCGCGGUGCGGCGCAUGAUGCGCUGCCACGCGAGCGCAUGCGCACUUGCGGCUCUCUUGGCGCAGCGCUACGUGCGCAUGGCCUGGGCCCGCUGGGUCGCUACGGCCCCUCGCCGCGUCCAGCCGCCGGCGCCGUUGCGUCGCCGACGCUGGGUACCGAGGCCCAAUUCGUCGCCUCUGAAAUUGAAACCUACGUGGCGGCCGUGA